ACAGAAAUCUCAAACCCUAAGCCAAGUCAUAAACGUAAUUUAUCUUUAUUUCCAGUCCAGCCAGAACAGACGUCGACCCACAAAAUCACAAAAAGUAACAACAAAAUCUGUUGUGCGCGUAAGUACAAUUGGCUGUGGCGCGUGUGGAUAGAACAGUUGGAACAGGAACAUUUUUCAGAGCUCCAUCAGAGGCCCCAAACUAGUCGCAGUCACUUGUCAGCCGCCUGUCGACACGGCCGCACUUCGAGUCGCCUCCAUGGUCGGGGCAGUCUCGUCUCAAUCGCGUGUAGUGCAAAUUACACAAAAUUCUGUUUGUUAAUGAUAUGAAAUUUUCCAAACGAAUGGCCAGUGAAAAUGCCAAUAAAAUGUGAAUUUAAUUUAUCGCGUGCCGCUGCCGUGUACUGCACGGGUGAACAAAUUUUGGGUACCCUCUCCAUUGGAGUGGACCGCAAGAAGGCUGUUCCCGUGGAGGGUAUCAGCAUUACACUCAGUGGCAUCAGCCAUGUACACUGGCAGGAGUCCCUGGCUGGGCCACCACAAAUUGAACAUAAUGACAGCUCCAGGAGCUGCGUGGAGCCUACGAAAGUGGAUUACAAAGGCGACAAAGUUCACAUAAAUCAAGUGAAGAAGUUGACUGCUGGACAACGCCUACUUCCGGGCAUUACUCAAGUGUGGAACUUUGAAUUUGUCCUGCCCGACAGUCUGCCAGCCACUUGUCGAGUGGGUAAUGGCUCUGUCGAGUAUGCCCUUAAAGUGAUUAUCGAACGAAGGAGCAAGCAUUACAAGUGCUUCACGCAACGUUUGGUCAUCAGAAGAAGCCUUGCAUUUACAGAUCUCCAGCCGCAAAUGAAGGAGCAUUCAUUGCUGAGACUUUCACUACCAAGAAGUGUCUUUGUGCCAGGUCAAAGUGUUGGCUACGCAGUGGCAUCGAAGGAGGGAUCUGCUGCCAUCACACGCCUAUGCCAGUGCAUCAAUUAUGAGUGUCAGAAACCUGAAAGAAAGAUAAAGAAAGUGAUACGUAUCCUAUCGGAGUGCUCUGAACUCCAAGCCGAACUUCGGCUGCCUUUGACCUCUCCCAUUAUGACUGAUGAAAGGCAGCCACAGCCCAUAGAAAUCAGCUAUUAUGUAGAGACUGUAAGUCACAUGAAACCACCUCUAAGGCUGGCAAUUUGUGUGGGAACUUCAGCACCACCUGCCAUUUGUAGCCUCGAAUCUUCGCGUCUUUGUUUUGUGAAUUUGGCUUUGAGUCAGAGUGAAUUGUUUGAGCCAAUUAAUCAGCUACUGGCCCACAGCUGCCAUUCCCAGGAAACUGGCGCCCUGGCACUGGGUAAACACUGUGAACGGAUUAAAUUACUGAAGUGCCAGAAGAAACAGUCGUAUGUGCAAUUGCUAAUGCGGUAUUUCUAUAAAAGAUUGCUGCCUUAGCACGUGCCUGUCACAGGGGAACAUCAAUAAUAAUAUUAUUAUUAAAUGUGGGUAUGCCUUGGAAUUUCCAUGUUUAUAAUGAUAUACGUUUAAAAAUGAAUGGAAUUUAAAUUGAACCCAACCCAAGUGAGGGAUUAAAACUAAACAAGUGGCACCGA